AUGGAAAAAAUGUCUCGGAGCAACAACAACAGCAACGAUAUGCUUGAAUUGACAGCGUACUACCGCGAAGUGGUCCGUCAGAUGAUGUACUGUAACGGAGAUCUUGAAGAUCCGUUGCCGUCUAGCGUUGAGAUGGUGUUGGACAUGGCUAAAUAUCAAAUGGUCAAAGCUCUUGAAGAUGCUUGGAAGCAGGCUGCCACAGAGAAUAGGGACGUAAUCACACUCGAAGAUGUGCUUUUUAUCUUCAGAAGACAUAAGUUCUUAAUGAAGAGAUUGCUACAUUUUGCUGAUACCGCUGAACGGAUUAAUGAGUUGAAACGAGCAGCUCCACAAACGGGAAAACUGGACGAGGAACCUGAUCAGGAGAGCAGCAUGGACGACGAUGAUGUCGUCGGUGUGGCCAGUACCAGUGUACCUGACUCCAAUUACGGUCGGAUGCUGAAGUAUGUGGAAUCACUGGGUCUGGGAGAGGGCGCAGAACAGUUGCUUGCGGAACCGGAUUUGGAGCUUGAACAAAGGCAACGUCGAAUUGCCGACAUUGUGAUGAAUGAACUCACUGCGGAAGAAUACCCACGAUUCACUGCUGCGCGCACGGCCACUUUCCUUGAUGACUUCAAGAAGUAUACAAGAAAGUAA